AUGCUGUCGGUGCGACAUCUGCUGGUGGCCGUCACAUUGUUCACUGUGGCAGCUGGUGCAGCUGAAGGCAGACGACUGAGAUUUCCUCUCAACAAAUUUCAAAGCCCAAGCGCCGAGUGUAAAUGCUUUCCUGGCGAUGACUGCUGGCCGAGCAUCGAGCAAUGGAACGAUCUCAACAGCACAGUUGACGGCAACCUGAUUGCAACAGUGCCUCUGGCAUCGCCUUGCCAUGGCUCCAAAUACAAUGAGACUGAGUGCGCAACACUUCGAGAUGAGUGGCUGCUUUCUACUGUUCACAUGAACUCGCCGUCUUCCAUCAUGGCUCCCAUCUUUGCCAACCAAAGCUGUGAUCCAUUCCAGCCGAGAAACGGUUCCUGCACUCUUGGCAACUACGUCAAAUACGCCGUGGAGGUGCGCAACUCAGCAGACGUCGUCGCCACCGUGCGAUUUGCGGCGCAGCACAACAUCCGUCUCGUCAUUCGCAACACGGGCCACGACUACAACGGCCGCUCCACCGGCGCCGGCGCCCUGGCCGUCUGGACGCACAGCUUGAAAGACACCCAGGUCGUUGACUGGAAAGACGACGUCUACGAUGGAAAGGCGCUCAAGGUCGGCGCCGGCGUUGCCGGGUACGAGGCCCUCGCUGCCGCCCACAAGGCCGGCCUGGUCGUCCUCACCGGCGAGUGCCCCAGCGUCGGCAUCGCAGGCGGCUACGCGCAGGGCGGCGGGCAUUCGGCCCUCAGCACCAUCCACGGUCUCGCAGCGGACAAUGCGCUCUCCUACGACGUCGUGACCGCCACGGGCAGAUACGUCACCGCCACCCGCGACCGACACCAGGACCUCUACUGGGCGCUCAGCGGCGGCGGCGGCGGCAACUACGGCAUCGUCGUCUCCAUGGUCGUCAGGGCGCAUCCCGACGCCAUGGUCAGCGGCGCCAAGUUUGCCGUGCAGGCGUCCGAGGACGACCCGGACAGGAUCUUUGACGUGAUUGACGCCUACCACGCCGCCCUCCCCGCCAUUGUCGACGCCGGCGCCAUGUCCAUCUACUUCUUCGGCGGCGGCUUCCUCCAGAGCCCCGCCACGACCUUUUUCAACAAGACCGGGGAGCAGGCCGCGGCCAUUCUCCAGCCCUUUGUCGACGCGGCCGCGCGGCUCAACGUCACCGUCACGCCCAACAUCACCCAGCACGCCAGCUACUACGACCACUACGACCACUACUGGGGCCCGCUGCCCGCCGGCAACAUCCAGGUCGGCACGACGCUCUUUGGCGGGCGCCUCAUCGACCGCCCGGCCCUCGCCGGCUUCUCCGCCACGGCCCGCGGCCUCGCGCGCGCCAACGUCACCUUUAUCGGCGUCGGCCUCGACGUGUCCAAGCCCAGCGGUGGCGCCGCCGCCAACAGCAACAGCAACGCCGUGCUGCCCCAGUGGCGCCGCUCCAUCGUCUCCGCCUCGCUCACGCUGCCGUGGAGCUUCGCGGCGCCCUUUGCCGACAUGGUGGCCGCCCAGGACCGCAUCACCAACGAGGUGCAGCCGCUCGUCGAGGCGGCGACCCCGGGCGGCGGCGCGUACAUGAACGAGGCCGACUUCCAGCAGCCCGGCUUCCAGGACGUCUUCUUUGGCAGCAACUACGGCCGCCUGAGCGGCGUCAAGAGCGCGUGGGACCCCGACGGCCUGCUCUACGCCAUCUCGGGCGUCGGCAGCGAGCAGUGGGAGGUGCGCAGGGACGGGCGCCUGUGCAAGGUGGCGGGGGAGACGGCGGCGCAGAGCAAGGUGGCUGUCAAUACGCCGCAGUUUCUGACCAUGCCCAACGUCUAG